AACAUUGUUAGGCUAACAAUCGACAAUCGCUCAACUUAAACGUAACAACAGUUGAACAACAAUUUCUUCAAUCUUUUAAUUGUUUCCAUUUUAUAUUAAUCGCCAGAGACUAGCAAUUGUUAGAAUAAAAUGAAACUAAUUUAGUCUAAUCACUAAUUAAAUGUGAACAAAAGAGAAAACAAUUUAUUCUCAUGUAAACAAAUCAACAACUUUGAAAAGAAAAGAAUUUUUUUCUGUCUAUUUUAAUUUCUCUUUCUUUUUCUGGUUUUUCUUUCUCUGUCUCUGUUUUCUUUUCCUUGUGUUUCAUCUUUUUAUUAUUUUGUUAUUGUUUUUGUUUCAAUAUGUUUGAUCAAGGAAUAACUGGAUUAAUUAAUUAUGGAAGUCAGUGUUUCGUUAAUGCGGUUAUCCAAUCAUUAGCUGGUUGCCGAUCAAUUGUUAAUUGGCUUCAAUAUUCAUCCAAAUUAAAUGACCAAUGGUUGACCGAUGUGAUCAAUGGGAAUAACAAUACAAGGGAAAAUUGCCCAAAGGAAAACAAAUUAACCUCUUCAUUACUCACAACCAUACAAAGUAUUAAUCAACGAGAUAAAGGUAACACCAAUGCCUCAUCUCAAGGCGUUUUAAAUGCUCUCAGAUAUCAUCGUUGGAGGAUUCCAAAUGGAGAGCAGGAUGCUCAUGAAUUGUUUAAUGCACUUACAACAACACUGGAAAGUGAACUUUAUUCAUCAAUGCCUGUCUAUUCAUUGAGCGAUGCAAUCUUGAUGGAGGAAUUGAUGAAAAAUAGUUUAAGGAAUAAAUCAUCACCUCGGAUAACAACUCGUGGAUCCCAAGAUGCAUUUACUUCAAUCACUGGAUUAAUCCCUAGACCUUUACCCACCAAGGGAUUACUGGCCAGUCAAUUACAAUGUAUUAAUUGUGGUUACAAGUAUCCAGUUCACUUGGAGGGGUUUUAUUCAGUUUCUUUGGCAAUGCCAAGUGUAUUGCUCACUGGUGCUGCAUCAAGUCUCAAGAAUUGUCUUGAUAAAUUUGUCAGAAAUGAGAUUAUUCAAAAUGUACGAUGUGAAGAAUGCAGUAAAUCUGGAGAUAAUCCUGAUUUCGUUAAAAGAUUAACCUUUGCCAAGUUACCACAAAUACUUUGUAUUCACUUUCACCGGUUAACAUGGCUUCCAAAUGGAAUGGCUGUCAAAAAAUCAGAUCAUGUCUCAUUUCCCGAAUAUCUCACAAUGGAUGAUUAUGUUUACCAACAACGAUUAAUUAAGACGAUUGAUCCAAAGAAAAAUAAUCUCGAUUCUAUUGGUGGUGCUUUUUUAGGUUCUUUUGUCACACCUUAUCCACACCCUUCAUCCACACUUUUACCAAACCUUUUACUCGGUUCAAAUACCAAUAACAAAUUAUUUGGAUCCAAUCGAGUCAAAUAUCGUUACCGUUUGGUUUCAACGAUCGUUCACAUCGGAGAUUCUCAAUCUGGUCAUUUUAUUACUUAUCGACGGAAUGUUGUGGGAAACGAUUCUUCUUGGUAUCUCACCUCAGACCAAGUAGUUCGACCUGUGACCUUGAUGGAAGUUCUUUCCAGGCCAGCAUAUAUGCUCUUUUAUGAAAGAUUGAAGGAAUAAAAAGCUCAAUGGAGAACAAUUAACUCUCAUUGUUUCAAUAAAGGAGCAAUUAAGGAUUUCCCUCAAUGCCGAAAAAAUCAAAUUUUCUUUCAUCUCGACUUUCCAAUAAGAUCGAUGUGAAAGUAAAUCAAAUUCACUUUCAGAUCUCAAAACGAUUUCUCACCAAUUUAGAAAAAAAUUUCAAUCUGUUCACCUUUUUACUUGAUUUUUAUUCAUUUUGAAAGUUUUCUAAAUUGUAAAAUAGCUCAAUGAUAAUCAUCAUCAUUGAUUUUCUAGUCUCUCUAUCAACAAACUACACCAGAUGAUAAGCUAAUUGUUUAUGCUCAUCUUAAUUCCGAUGAUGACAUUUUCUUAUCAUAAAAAAUCAUUUGUAUUCAAUCAAACACUUUUCCCAUUCAUUUGCUUGUUACUUUGUAACUUUUACACUGAUUUUGUGUAAAAAAUAAUCAAAUUGAUUUACCUGAAGAUUAAAAAUUAACCGUUAUGGAUGGUUUAUCAUUAUCGUAAAA